AUGUCAAAUGUGCAUAAAAUCCCCAACGAUAAAUCAAAUUUAAGGAUUAUAUCUAUCUAUCUAUCUAUCUAUCUAUCUAUCUAUCUAUCUACUAUCUAUAUUUCUCAUGUUGUCUUUUCCGUCAUUGUCAGCGGUGAUCAGCACAACAGACGUGGCAUUGUUAUCGAAUCACGCGACAGUGGGCUCCGAGAAAUCAGUGAAACGCACCAGUCUUACGAUGCACUGCAAUACCCACUUCUCUUCCCUUACGGAGAAGAUGGGUACCACUUUGGCAUUAUGUGUCACAACAGCGACGGCAAAUGCACCCGGCAGUACCCACGAGAUUUCGUGAGCGAAACCAUUACUGGGAGCGAUGGUUAUCCACUGUACCGGCGAAGGUUUCCUGCUGAGGGAGGAUUUACAGCCGUGGAAGGUUCCUUAGACGAAAUCCAGGACUUCCUUGCAGGGCGCGUUAUUAGCAGCACAGAGGGCCCUUGGCACAUAUUCAGCUUCCCCAUCCACGAACGCUUCCCAGCAAUCGUCCAGCUUGCUGUGCACGUAGAAAACGAAGAACUUCGUUAUUUUUCUGUAGAUACAGCAAUGGAUGUGGCUGCGCGUACCAAAGACACAACGCUUACAGCGUUCUUCAAACUUUGUCGACAGGACGAGAUUGCAAGGACUCUACUGUACCCAGACGUGCCUUCAUACUACGUGCGUACAAAACAGAACACCUGGGCUCGUGGGAAGUGUUGGGCAACCUCGAGGGUUAUCCGUUGA